AUGUCUCAAAACGGUGGGACUCCCGAUACCCCAUCGGAUUACUCUGACCACGGCCGCGUCUAUGGAGGGUUUCGACGAGGAAGAUACUUGCUUCCGAUCGAUGAGGCAAGUCGCUCUCGAGUCCAUGCCAUGGACAAGACAAAGGUCCUCCGACUAACAGUUCUUCAGGCCGAGCAAGACAGACUGGACAUUUUCCACAAGCUCAUCUUUCUGGCAAGAAAAAGCAGAUUACAUGACGCGCCGCUGCCCGACAGGGCUCAGGUCCUCGACCUCGGGACGGGCACUGGCAUAUGGGCGAUCGACGUCGGCGACUCACUUUAUAAGGGCGAGGACAACCAGGGCCGCGUAUUAGGGCUCGACCUCGCCUACAUCCAGCCCAAGGUGAUCCCCACGUGUGUUUCGUUCGUGCGCGCCGAUGUCGAGGCGCCGUGGCCGGCACCAGAGCAGACCUUUGACAUGAUCCACAUCCAGAUGCUGCUCGGCUCCAUACGAGACUGGUCAGACGUCUACCGGAAAUCCUUCAGGCACAUAAGGCCUGGCGGCUAUAUUGAGCAGGUGGAGAUCGAAUGGAUGUUCCGCAGCGACGACAACACCUUGCCACCGGACUCGCCUCUCGUUCUAUGGGGUAACACGUUGCGACGUGCGAUGCAGACGUACAGGCAACCCAUAGACAUUUUCGACACCAGAGCCGAGCUUCACGCUGCGGGUUUUACCAACAUCACCGAGAACGUAGUCAAGCUACCCAUCAACCCGUGGAGCGCCGACCCCUUUGAGCAGGAGAUUGGCCGGUGGUUCAAUCUUGGCCUCACGCAUGGCUUCGAGGCCCUGACACUCGCACCCUUCGUCCAAAUAGAAGGCUGGCCGAAGCACCAGGUGGACAGGCUGGUGGAAGACCUCAAGAGGGACAUUUGUCGGCUCCACGUCCAUGCUUACUGCAGAAUGUGA